AUUUUUACCGUUGCUUCAAAGUAACAAUGGGGCGAGUUGAACUUUUUUCCAAUUAUUAAAUUUAGCAGGUGCACAUGUCAUUAAAGUUUAAGCACCGCAACGUAAAAAUAUGCUUCAAAGUCUAGAAUUGGCCCGGUAUGAAACCAACCUGUUGGAGCCCUGCUGGAAGGCAGGUGCCGCCAAGAAUCCACGAGCAGGUGUGAACCGCAAUGAGAUCGCUGCAGUGGACAUAGUGGCCUGCUGCAAGCAGAUCACUGAUUUAAUAGAUGCAAAUAAAUUAAGAACAAACGAGACGAGGUCCUUGAACACGCUUACCAAAGGAUAUGUUCAUUUUAAGAGCAUAACGCGUCUCACCCAUGGCGUGACCCAUAUAUACAGGACUCAGGUGGACACAUUGUUGGACGAUGCUAAACGUUUGCUGGAUCAAAUGAAUCACACAACGUUCGACUUUGUGCUCACUGCGAAGAAAACGGUGGUGGUCAAACAGGAAGAAGGGCGAAUGCAUCGCAAGCGCAAGCACAUUAUAACCAAGCAGGCCAGGGUAACACUUUCGAAGCGUCCCAGAUUCCAAGAGCCCGAGCUGCUGAAUGACAACGUCUUGGAUCACUAUCGCACCCUCAUGUCCGACUGCCAGGUGUGGCAGACAGAGAGCACACGGGAAGUCAUGGAAGAGUCCAUUGAGAUGCCUCGAAUGGUUCAGGAAACAAGCUUGCGCCGUCAUUUAACCAUCACCGAAGAGUUUGCCGUCUACGAGGGGCAUAGUGCUUUAACGGAAACCGAGGGAUUUGGUGACACCGAGCAGGUGGAUUUGACUAUAUUCGAAGAGCUCUACCCAAAGGACAGGCAGUCUUUAAAGCGUCACUCCGUGAGCCCGAAUUCAACAGACAUUUUAGAUCCUAAAAUGCCCCAAUUGGAUAUGGGUAUCAAUCCAUUUGGAACUGCAAUUGCUGAAAAUACUAUUCAAACGAUAAUCGAGGAUAAUAGCAUUACAUCAGCGACGUCCACUGUAUACCAACGAGGUGCAGAUGCACCUUCGUUACCGUCACUUCCACCGCCCUCGGCCACCGAUGAUCAUGUGCCCAGGGAGCAGUCGAAAAAACGAGGCAAACAAAAAAAGUUGAUAGUUGAUAAAUGUAUCAAAUAUUCUCGGGAUGAACUAAUCAAGCACAGACAUCAAUACAUAGAGGAUCACAAGAAUAGAGUAACUAAAGCACUGCCGCCCAGUAAAAUACUAAAAAGUGAAAAAAAACUUCUGUCAACUCUGAAGAACAACUUUAUCUUUCCAGAUGUGCUUAAGAAACGACAAAGCCAGACAUUAACCAUUGAACAAAUGGAAAGCGACUGUGAGAGUACUUUACGAACAAUUUUUGGUGGCGACUUUACAGACACUCUAGCCCAGGAGGUGUUUGGUAAGCUGUCAGAACUGUGCAAAGCAGCUAAUCGAGGAGAAAUAUCUGUUGCUGUUCCGCUUGUGCCAGUUGAAGAUGUGGAAAACAUUACACCGCCUUCACUGCUGCCAGUAAAUGCGUUAGCUCCCAUCAAUAACAAUCAUUUGUAUAAGCACAAGACAACAAGCUAUGAGUAUAAUCAAUUUGACAGCCACGAUGUUAUGAUGGACCUUUUGAACAUAUGGCGCAGCCUGCCAGAACUCAAAGGAAUCGAUGCAAAUGAAUUCAUCAAAACAUUUCCGGACCGCAUUAAAGCGGCCCUCGCUUUCAGUCAUCUAUUGUCUCUCGUACGUGAUAAUUUUAUAAAUAUCUCGAAAAGGCCCAACUCCAAUGAAAUGGAUCAAAUAUUACUGGGUGAACAGUCCAUCAGCCUAAUUGUUAACUUAUCGCUGGGCGAGCAGACAUAAUUUUGUUGUCUUCAUUAAGUGUUAUAGCGAUUCAAAAUUCGUAACGAAUAUUUUUAAGAAUUGUUAAGUCCCCUUAUGCGUAUCGCAAGGACAUUUUAUCAUUAUCCCAUCAUGAAAUCUAAUCUAUAUAAUUUUUGUUACUUUUGUUAUUCCCAUCAUCAAACACCCAUCUUUAAGUUUCUUUAUAUUUUUUUCUUUUUGUUACUAUUACGUUAUCGUAGUUAUAAUAAUUCAUCAACAUUUUUCGUAAUAUUUUCUAAAACCGUACUCUUGUUGUCUUUGUUACAAAAUCUCGAAUUCUCUCCUGUGACAACACCAAAAUAAAAACAAAUUAUUAAAAUA